ACGAUGUGCUUGUCUGGAGUGGUCUGCAAUUAAAACGAAUUAAAAUAAUAAAUAUAUAAUUCGCGAUAAACCAAGUCAUACAAGGAUGGAAGUCAAUGGUAAUAUGAUGUCGCUACAAACUGAUACUGCAAUUAUGUCUACCCAAAAAACAGACGUUAGCCGAAAACCCUCAUAUUAUGAUUCUAAACCUAAAGCGAUGCCCCGCCGAUCACUGAGGAUAAAGUCCUCUUUUACUAAUUCAGAAAAUGAAACUCGUAUAAGAUGCAAACACGUUCCUCCUCCACCAAAAUGUCCAUAUCCUUUAUAUCCUACAUUAAAUAAAAUAAGACAACAUUUUUAUUCAAGCCAACAAUGCCAUCAGCUCCACUAUUUUCAGAGUUUCUCCCAGGUUCCCCUUAAACACAGGCCAGCAAUAUUUAAUCUGGACUCUUCAAAAUCGACGACGUAUAGAGUGUUAAAAACAACAUCGAACAUAGCUGUUGUUAAGAAAAUAGCGAGCGAAGUUCUUAAUAAUAGUAAUGAUACUAAAAGUGCAGAAAAACCAAACAAAGAACUGGAUCGUAAAGCAGCAAAUAUAAAAAUAGGCAAAGUUGAAAAAUUGAGUACACAUGCAAAGAAAUGUAAUGAAGUUAGACAAAAUCGUAAUGAAAAAAUUGAUGUCAAAAAUUCACAACCACAUGACAUUCAUAAAGAAGCAAAAGAUGAUCACAAGAAGCCAGUUUCAGUCGAUGCAAAAAAGUCCGUGAACGUUUUGAAUGCAGGAUAUUCACCACCAAUACUACCAAUACCUACAUAUCAAGAGGCUUUAGACAUGUGGAAAUUUCCGACAGCUGCAUAUUUGCAAUACGUUUACGCUUAUUCAAAGUUGAUGGAGUAA